GUGUGACUGGAGCAGUACAGGACCAGGGCUGGUGUUGCUGGGAGCAGCGUGGGGCAGUGUGAUGUGUCUGGGAGCGGUGCGGGACAGCAGCGGAGCCCCGCGGGGCCGGAGCGGGGCCAGCCCGGGGCAGCCGGGCGCUCCGGUGCCGCCCCCCGCUCUCCCCGCCCAGGACGGCUCCGGGGCCGCGGGGAGCAGCGGAGCGGGCCGGUCCCUCCCUGUCCCUGCCACCUCCUCCCUCCUCCCGCCGCGUCCCUCCCCGUCCCCUCCCAUUCCCGGGGAGCCUCCCGCGGGCCGUGCCGCGCUGUCCCGCGGGCUCGGCCGGGCCAUGGCGGAGCCCCCGCAGUCCCCGCAGCCCCCGGGCCCGGCGCUGCCGCUGCGGGCGCGGCUCAGCUUCGCGUGCGGGCACUUCCUGAACGACGCGUGCUCGGCGCUCUGGUUCACCUACCUGCUGCCCUUCCUGCACGCUGUGCUGGGCUACGGGCACGGCGCGGCCGGCGGGCUGCUGCUGGCCGGCCAGGCGGCCGACGGGCUCUGCACGCCGCUGCUCGGCUUCGAGGCCGACCGGGCCCACGGCUGCGGCCGCUGCGGGCGCAGGAAGGGCUGGCACCUGGCCGGCACCACCUGUGUCCUUGUGUCCUUUCCCUUUGUCUUCAGCCCCUGCCUGGCCUGCAGGGAAAGCACUCCACAGUGGGCAGCCUUCAUCUACUACCUCCCCUUCAUCAUCAUCUUCCAGUUUGGCUGGGCAGCCACGCAGGUGUCCCACCUGGCCCUCAUCCCCGAGCUGGUCAGCAGUGACCAUGGGAAGGUGGAGCUCACGGCUUUCAGGUAUGCCUUCACUGUCAUGGCAAACAUCACCGUGUACGGCCUGACCUGGCUCCUGCUGAACUUCCAGACGGACCAGCCCGACCGCAUGGAGCACCUGGGCCCUCAGGACAUCCCUGUGUUUCGGAACUUGGCCCUCAUCGUGGUGGGGCUGGGGGCCGUGUUCUCCCUCAUCUUCCACCUGGGCACCAAGGAGAAGCCGUACCCAGCCGGGGUGCUGCCCGAGCCAGAGGAGAGCACCCCGCUGCUGCACAAGGAGCCCCCGGGCCCCCCGCGCCCGCUGCUGCUCUGGAAGGACUGGCUGCUGGAGCCCUCCUUCUACCAGGUCGCAGUGCUCUACAUGGCCACCCGCCUCAUCGUCAACCUGUCCCAGACCUACAUCGCCAUGUACCUGACCAACUCGCUGCUGCUCUCCAAGAAGUACAUUGCCACCAUUCCCCUAGUGAUGUACGUCAGUGGGUUCCUCUCCUCAUUCCUCAUGAAGCCUGUGAACAAAUGGAUUGGUCGGAAUCUGACUUACUUUGUGGGCAUCCUGGUGGUCCUGGCCUUUGCCUCCUGGGUGGCCCUGGCCAGGCAAGUAGGAGACGAGAUCUACGGGCUGGCAGUGCUGCUGGGGGCCGGCUCAGCCACCAUCCUGGUCACCUCCCUGUCUAUGACUGCAGAUCUCAUCGGCACCAACACGCACAGCAGCGCGUUUGUCUACGGUGCCAUGAGCUUCACAGACAAGAUGGCCAAUGGCCUGGCUGUGAUGAUGAUCCAGAACCUGCACCCCUGCCCGACCGAGCUCUGCUGCCCUGCCUGUGUCGACUUCUACCGCUGGGUGAUGGUGCUGGUCACCGGCGGCAUCGCCGUGGCCGCUGUCACCACGCUGUGCUCCAUCAUGGUGUGGCCCAUCCGGAUCCGCUGCCGUGCUGUGGGCCUGGAGGGGCUGAUCAGCACAAGGACCCCUGAAAGCGUCACUGCGAGCACUGAGGGAGAGAGCCAGACCGUCAACUGAGUGGGGCUGUGUCCUCGGCCUCCGUGUCCCCAGGGCUGUCUCCUCAGGGCUGUGUCCUCGGCCCCGCGGUGCCACACUCUGAGUCUGGAGGGUGCCCGCACUGGGGGCCACUGGGCUCUGGCGAGGGGGUGACCCCAGCCUGUCUCCUUGCACUGGACUCUAUUCCCACCCUGACCUCACGUCCCCAUCCCGGACUCCGGUGUCCCCGGCCCCGCCGGGCCCAUGAAGGCUGUCCCCGGUGCGGUGUCACGGUGCAGGGCCACCUGUCACCUCUCACCUGCACAAUGAACACUAAACGGGCCUAGGCCAGGCCGGGGCGGCCCCAGAAGAGGGGAGCGCUCGGCCCGAGGUUUUACCUGCUUUUGUAAGGUCAAUACGUACAGACGGCACUUUAUAAAGGAGGAGAAAAAGGAGAGAAAUAA